GGAAGAGAUGAGUCUUCAGAAGCUAAUUGACUAGGGCAGGAUCAGGAAGCCAAAGCACAUCAAUAGAAGGGAGGUGUCUAGAAUGGAAGAACAGAAGGAAAACCGACUAGAUUAUGAGUCCGAAAAAAUGGAAAUCUUAAGAUUGGCCCAAUCAAAGAAGAACAUUAUCAGUUUGAACAUGGAUCUUGAAAGGGAUAUGCAGAGAAUUGAUGAAGCCAACCAGGAGCUGCUUCUCAAAAUACAAGAAAAAGAAAAUGAAGUCCAGAAGCUGGAAAAUGAGAUCACCCAGACUGGAGACCCUGCAGAAGAUGAGGAUUGGGAGAAGGAAAACUACACUGUGAUGGAAAGAGAAAGAGCCCUGCAGGAGCUGGAGGAAGAAACAGCCAGACUUGAGAGGAAGAAUGAGGCUCUGGUCCACAGUAUCUCAGAACUUCAGAGAAAGCUUACAAGGAAAUCACAAAAGACAAUCAGGUGUGAACAAGGUGAUCUGGAAAUAACCCCAGAAGAGUCAAAGGUUAAGUUACAACAGCUGGAGAUUUCCUGUGUAAAUCAAGAAAAGGAGCUUGGCAAGAUAAUGGAAGACUAUGCAUUUGUGUCUCAGCUCUGUGAAGAUCAAGCUCUCUGCAUAAAGAAGUACCAGGAAGCAUUGAAGAGAAUAGAAGAAGAGCUGGAGACAGGAUUCCUUGAAAGAGAAGUAUCAAAAGUCUUAAGCAUGGAUUCUGAGAGAGAAAAGAGUAACAGCCUAAAAAGCAAGGGUAACUCCAUCACCAAGAAGGCAUCAAGGUUCAGUAAAAGGGUUUUUCGCUCCCUCUUGUUUACCACACUAUUUUUCAUCAAAUUGCUGGGGUACCUGAUCUUCCAUUUAAGCUUUAUAAAUCCCGACCUACUCAUCAACGCACUGCCCAAGAUACUGAGCAGAGACAUCUUGUGGAAGCUGCGAUGCUUCCUCUUUCCAUCUCUCACACUUGAGACAGAAGACAUGUUACCCCACUGAUCCCAAGCAGUGUCUGUGAGCAGCAGAAGGCAAGAGGGACACAGGAUUGUAGACGUGGAGGGUAGAGGUACUCCUCGGUUU